UAUAUACGGUACUGUUGGAGGGAGGAAGGGAGGAGAGAGAGGGGAAGAGACAUGGAGGGAACUCCUCCGUCUGACCCAGCUCUCCAGGUGCAAAUGGGAAAACCACACAAUGAAACCGUGAGGCACCUCCCUAAGAAUCUAGACUAUGGAGCUACAUAAUACUUCUGUGGCCUUGCACCACAGAGGAUCCACAGCAGUAAUCACUGGAGUCUUACGGGCGACCACCAGCAAAUUGGACUAUGCCACCGCUGCAAGUUUGGAGCAGUGCAAAGGUUCAUUUUCUGAUGUGAAUCUGGGCAAGCUUGGGUGAUGUAAUAUUGGCCCAUAUCCAUCUGCCAGGUCAAUGCUUUUGCAAAGGUGUGGGACCUACACAAACUGCAAUUUUCUUUAUGUGUGUUAUUUUGUGUGUUAUUUUGUGUGGUGUGUGGUAGCUAUACACACAAAUUGCAGUCUCCGCUGCGGUUUCCAAGCGCGCGUAAUAGGGGAGGUCAAUUUUUGCCCCCGCGGGGUAAUUCCUGCCCCGUUCGGAUCGGGUACGAGACAGACUAAGCUCUGCCGGUAUGGACCGGAAGUAUGGGGCUGGGGGCGCUGGCGCGGUAAAAGAAGGGCGUAGCUGGCAGAGCUCAAGAAGCGGUGCUAGAAGGAUGCGCGAUGAAGCUGCUAUUGCUAAUAUUGGCGUGGAUAUGCCCGCAGACGACGACAGCCUUCAGCUGUGCACAACCUCCAGUGGUGACCACAGACUACAGGUUCCAGUUCAAUGUGACUCAGAUCAGUGUGAGCUUCGGCUCUUACAUCAGAGUGGAGUGUAAGGCUGAUCCAAAUACCGAUGUUACUUCCUACGUGUGGCAGAAGAAUGGCGAAAACAUCGAGGAACCGUCACUCUUUUCCUAUUUUCUCACGAUACGAGAUCUCUCAGUGGAGGACGGAGGCCAGUAUAGGUGUGAGGUGGCUACUGCAACUUGUGGCAAUGGAUACUCUACUGAAAUCUCUAUCAACACUCAACCAGAUGAUGUGGUAGUAUCAGGUCCACCCUCUGUGGCCAUGGGUCACCCCUUCCAACUGUCCUGCACCAGCAAUGGGUGGCCCCCUCCUAAUUAUACUUGGAGUAUGAAUGGAGUGACGGUGGGGGUUGGCAACCUGUACAGUGUGUUGUCUGCUGGACCUUCGGACGCGGGAGAGUACACGUGUGUUGCUACCAACAGCCGUGGUCAAAUGGAGGGCUCACUGACAGUCACGGUGUCAGUCACCUCUACAAAAGUAUUGCCUUCAACUCUUGCUGUUUCCCCGGAGGAGUCAGCAAAGACCUCAAUGUCUACCUACACAGAUGCAUCAAUGGCUGGGAGGAUGAGGACUAUUAGGCCUGGAACUGUUGGCAGCACAGCACAGCCUGCAACAAAGAGAGCGUUGUCAACACCAGGACCCUCAUCAGCAACUGAUGAUGGUCCAACUAAGCAGUCCACAGACGACCCAACAGCUCCAUUCAUAGUUCUCCUGGCAAUUUCUGUUGCCCUCCUCUUGUCCCUAGUGGGAGUCAUUAUCAUGAUCUUUGUGGUGGUAAUAUGGAUGAUGAAGACCAGAUCAUCUCGUAGAAAGGAAGACCAGAAGAGACUUAUAGAGGAAGAAGAGGAGAAGGGAGGAGAAGGAGACGAGGGAGGGGGGAGAGUUGGAGAUGAAAGAGAGAGCCCCUGGCAAUCAGCCCGACAUGCCACCGUCGUGUGUCAAUGUUGCCUUUGGACCAGACACUGA